AUGUUGUAUUCAAGAAGACCUAAAAGAAACCUAACCACCGUCGUUGCUAAAGUAGAGCAGCCGCCACCGCAGAAGAAGAAGAAGAAGAAGAGGGAGAGAAGGAGGAAUGCUACAACAAGUCCUCUUCCUCAUCCGUCGUUUUCAUCACUUCCCGAUGAAAUAAUUUUGAAUUGUUUAGCUCGAAUCUCCAAAUCUCACUACCGUUCCCUCUCCUUAGUCUGCAAGAGCAUCCGAUCUCUCCUAUCUUCCCCAGAGCUCUACCCUGCUCGCUCCCAUGUCCAAAAAACAGAGCCUUGCCUCUACCUAUGCCAACACUUACCCACUCAUGAUCGCUGGUACGUUCUUAAUCAAACCCUAAUUACCAAUGGCGGCUCGAUUAUGGAUGAGUCAAACUUGUCACCUAUAACACCACCCACGUCCUGCUCUGCUCCAUCGAUGUCAACCACGGUAACAGUCGGGUUCGAGAUCUACCAAAUGGGCGGAACCAUCAACGACGAGCCCUCCUCGUCCGUUCGUGUGCUUGAUUGUCGGACUCACACGUGGCGUGAUGCCCCUAGCAUGACGGUGGCAAGGACAAGUGCCGAGUCUGCAUUUAUAGACGGCGAGAUAUAUGUUAUUGGAGGAACAGAGGAACCAUCAUCUGAGGUUUUUGAUCUAAAGACUCAGACUUGGAAGCCAUUUUCUUGCCCUUUCGAUGUCUCUGCUAAGCUUUCCCUUGCUAGAGGAAAGCUAUACGUGAAAAACGGGCAUUACGUGUAUAAUACAAAACAGGGAAGAUGGGAGCCAUCACUAGAGGUGGGUAAUUUGCGUUUGGAAACGAGUGCAGCUUGGUGCAUUGUAGGAAAUGUAAAAAUCAGUGUUUAUUUCGUUAAGUUCUUGUGGACUAAGGCCACGCGGUAUACGUUCAGGUGGUACGACUCAGACCGUAGAAUCUGGUUAGAAGUUGCGGGUUUGGAAGAUCUGUAUUUCAAGGGUGGUAUUUGCAACCCUUCAAUAAUUCGGUUAGCUAACCAUAGUGGGAAACUCAUCGUUAUAUGGUACAAGCCUAGGAAUCUCAAGAUUCCGGUGGCCGGGAAGAAGCGAGAAUAUGUAUGCAAAACCAAGAUGUUUUGGUGUGCGGUGAUUAGGUUGGAUAAGCGCUUUGGCUCCUCUGGAUUACAGAUUUGGGGGGAGGUUGAACACUUGGAUGCUCUUCUUACAGUCCCCAAUUCAUACCAGUUUUUGAGCUGUAUCACCCUUUGA